AUUUAUUUCAGUAUCUAUCAUGUAGAUGGCUUAUUUUGGUCAACGGUAACUAGAUUUGAUCUUCUUGGCCAACUUGUUCAGUUUACUUCCUCUCUCUUCCCCGGCUAUAUAGUCAUCUUCACACCAUGGUUUCAAGUUUCAACAGCAGCUAAUCGGUUUCGUUCACUCACAUUUUCAUAUUCAUACAUCUUAAAGCUGCGAUGAAAACCGGGUCAGCAAGGUCUACCAUCCUCCUAUAUGUUUUAUUUCUCGCACUGGUCUUGUCUCCAACACUUCCAUGUCAAGCAGCUAGUGUCCCUCUAGGAGGGCGUAAGAUGAUGGCGCCACCACCACCUAUUCUCAUGUGUACACAGUGUGCAUGUUGUGCACCGGCUCCACCCGGUUCUUGCUGCCGUUGUGGCUGUUCUGGUGGUCCCUGAAGACUCUGACUUAUGCUAUCCAAUGUGCUAUCCAAGGUCCUUAAUUCCUUAUAAUAUGUAUGAACACGUAAACAAAAAGUGUAUUCUGUGUUUUGAAUAAUAAAACCUUUGGGUUCUGCUCAGUACUUAUAUGUUUAUAAGUUAGUUUUGAUGUCCUCCUUGGAGAGUUGAUGAACU